GGAUGUCAUCAGUAGUUCCUAGAAAGCAAAAUGUUUUCGGAUGGUAUGUGCCUUGAAUCUCGAAAAACGAAACUGGCAGGAAAGUGAUCGGGCAUGACGCAUCUUUCAGGAACUGAAAGUAGACUGCUACAGUGCAUACUAAGCUAGUGAAACAUCACUGUCCCGUCCGUAUACUUUCCCGCAAGCUACAAAUAAAAGGAUGUCAGAGAUGAGUUCAAUCCAGGACAGUUUACAAUCGAAACUGGAUCAGCUGGAGUGUCACUUCACUUGGGGCAUUAAAAAAGAGGAUCUAGUCUUGAUGGAUAUUCUCAAUAGGCUUGAGGAACAGGCCAAGAUGGGUCUAGGAGGGGAGCAGGGAGUUGCACGAACUCACUGCUCUUUAGGAUAUGUGAAAUUUCUUCUUGGGCGCAACGAAGAGGUCUUUACUCACCUGUUGAAAUCUGAGACGCUCAUUAAAGAAAACCUCGGUGUCAACUGUGACAAGACUCUCAUUGUCACCUAUGGAAAUUUUGCCUGGAUAAACUACCAUAUGAAGAACUACACAGAGUGUGAAAGUUACCUGAUGAAGCUUCAGAAGAUAAAUGAAACAUGUUCAAGUGAGCCUUCAUCUGUUUCAGAGAUGCUUGGUGAAAAGGGAUGGGCCUAUCUUAAAUUCUCACGCAAAUAUUAUGACAAAGCCAUAGAGGUUUUUCAGAAGGCUGUGGAACUGGAUCCAGAAAAUAGCGAGUGGAACGCUGGUUAUGCGAAAGCUCUGUUUCGCACUGAAACUGGUACACUUUGCACUGUGGAUUCACCUGCAAUCAAACAGCUGGAACGGGCCAUUGAGAUUGAUCCAGAUGAUGAUGCCUCUAGAGUUCUUCUAGGAGUUAAACUUUUGUUCUGUUCCAAAAAGUUGAUGAAAGAUUCUGAGAAACUGAUAGAGACAGCUCUGAAUGGCUCUCCAGAACAUCCACAUGUCAUAAGAUAUGUAGGGAAAUUCUUCAGGAAUCAAGGAUCUGUAGACAGGUCAAUUGCACUGCUGAAGAAAGCACUUGAAAAGUCACCAAACUCAGGUUUCAUACAUCAUCAGUUGGCAAUGUGCUACAAGACCAUGAAAAUAAAUUUACAGAAAGAAAAACGGGAAGUAAAUAGGUUUGAGAUAAAUAUUGCACGAAAACAGUGCAUUUACUAUUUAGAAAAGGCAACUUCUCUAAAAGCUUCCUUUGUCAUUGCCAUGAGUGAGCUUGCACUUCAGUAUGGAGAGAAACGUGAUCUGCCCAAGGCAGAGGAACUAUUUGCCCAAACAUUUAAAACAGCUAGAGAGAAAAAUGAUAGUUUGCAUGUAGUACAUUAUUACUAUGCUGAGUUCCAGCAGUAUUCUAAAAGACGCGAGGACUUAGCAAUCAGACACUACACGGAGUGUUUGAAAAUGAGUCCACAUACUAGUGAGGGGGAUAGAAGCGCAAAGAAACUGAAGAACAUUGCCCAGAGAUAUAUGAAGGAUGACCCAGGUGAUUGGAAGGCAAAUGAAAUACUGGGAUUAAUAUAUCAAAUAAAAGGGGAAAUGUUUGGGGACACCAAGAGCUAUGCAGCCACUUCAGGCAAUGAAGAAGACGAUGAAUCCCUCAGUAAUCUUUGUGAGAUUAAUCUGAAAAUAUAAACUUUCUACAAGGAUACAUAAUUAGCUGUUUAAAAACAAACAAACAAAAGAACAGAAAAUAUGCACAUAAAUUUGUUACUCUUAAUUCUAAUGUUGAUAAAUCUGGGUGAUGCCAAGCUAGUAAUUUGCAUAAACUCUGUGAAUAUAAGGCCUUUCCUUGAUACUUUGCUCUUUUUCUCACACUCACUCCCACCUGAGUGCAUGCCCAAACUCUUUUAGUGUGGCAUUCUCAAAACCGGUUAAAGACAAAAACUGUUUUUAAGUAGCCCUAGAAUUAGGUCUACAUUUUGUCAUAUAUUUAGAUUGCAUUUUUGCACACUUCAUGAAUCAUGAAUUCUGUGUGAUGACCUUCAAAAACAAUUUUAAACUAGUGUGAAUAGUAAACAAGGCUAUUCUGAAAUGUUACUUUUUACCUUAAAGAUAUGUUUGAAUUAUUCAGUUGUAUAACAGAAUAUUGUGCUGUAAGGCUAAAUAAAUAAACAAACAAACAAACAAACCAAUACAUAAAUAAAUAUACAAAAAAAAAAAAAAAAAAAACACCUGUUGUAAUAUAGUCUUUCAGAAUAGUAGAAUGUAUAACUAUUAAAACUGCUCUUCCAAAUAAAAACAGUAGCCUCUUCUCCGAACUAAAAUGAAAUGAAGAUGAUCCAGGGUCCAGAGAAGAAUUUGUUUUAUUAAAAAAAAAAAAAAAAAAAAAAAUA